AUGGCCGCGCCUCAGUCUGAUGGCAGUUCCGGGUCAAGUUGCCCUCCGUCGCUGCGGGAGGUCCGAUCGAACCUCAGAGUAUUCUACCACUCGUCCAUCGAAGAUGAAAACACCAUCCAGGUCCCCGCCUUCAAUCCUGAGCCGUUCACUGCCCACUGCUUCAAGCAGUUCAAGCAAAAGGAUUUGUGCCUGCCUCAGAGCCGACGGAGGGUCAUCACCGCGUCGGGCCAGGGGGAGCGUUCGCCCGCCAGCCCCCGCCCUCAGCCCCAGGCUCCUCCAGCGCCCGUCCCCCGCAGCAGAGCCCUGGAACCGGAAGGCAGCCAAGAGCUGCAGGAGGACAGGAAGAGCUGGCUAAGCAAGACGUUGAGGCUGAAGCAGGAGCUGGACGCCUUCGGUGACUUGCAGAAGUGGCUGCAGAACAAGGCCAAUGUCACGCCUCUGGAGGCCAAGGUCCUACACAUGGUCCACAGGGAGCAGGCUGCUCGACUGGAGGACCCUUUGACCCUUAGCAGGGCUGUCAAGAAGGAAGGCCUCCAUAUCUCUUCCCGCUGGACGGUGCCCCAGCUCCGCCUGCCCAGGCCCUCGUCCCUGUCAGUCAUGUUUUCCUACCUGCACAACCGCAGGAUUGAGAUCCUGGAUGUUUUUAACAAAGCCGACUGGAACAAGCACCACAAGAUUACCAGGGAGCAGUUCAUCCUGGCUCUCAAGGCAAUGAGGAUCCCUCUGAUGCAGCACGAGGUGGAGGACAUCGUGAUCUACCUGGGCUCUCUGGGCAAGCACAGCGCCAUCACCCUGGAGAUCCUCACCAGCACCUACAAGAGGUGGUGCCUGACGCAGCAGAGGAGCACCGUGCCCACGGCCAGGGAGUACUACCUCUUGGCCAGGGAGAGACUGCUCUCUCAGGCUUUCCUCAACAAACAGAAAGAAGAUUCUGUCUCCCUGCCUCCCAAGAUGGACCUCCUGAAGGUGCCUGAAGUCGACAUCAAGAUGGAGGCGAGACCUUUGACCCUGGAAGAGAUGGAGGAUGUGGGCAAGCGGUACCGAGAGAGGAAGCGGCAGCAGAAGCAGGCGAUCCCGGCCAUCCAGUACGCCGAGCGCUGCCGCCUGGUGCGCUGCGGGAACCAGCGCAUCGACGACCACUGCCUCCCGUCCACCCUCUCUGGGGAGAUGCGGGGCAUCCUGCACAAGACGCACAGGGACACCUUUCUGGUCUACCUGCAGUGCUGGAAGCUCUGUGAGAUCUACAGCCUCCCGCUGACAGAGGACAUCCUCAUGAGAGCCCUGCUAUAUCCGGGAGACAAGAUCAUCUUCCAGAAGGAUCAGAUCCGCCCCAUCCGGCAGCCCGGUGGCUACUACUCCGACAAGAAGGCCUUCCUUUGGAACCAGGCCCUGAACUUGGCCCACGGCCACGAGCUUGGAUCUAAGAUGGACAAAACGGACAAGAAGACACCCAAGAAGACCAAGAAAAUGCUCUUCAGGGAGUUUGAGGAGUUCACCAGGAAACUGAAGGCGAAGCGGUCCAGCGGCCUGCAGCAGUACACCCGCGCCAAUUCCUUCUGGCCAGGUCACCUCCUGGAUAAGCUGCGCCUCUACCUACCCACGGUGACCACGGAUCGGAGCCUGGCGCUCUUCAGCUGUGUCCAUCGCGAGCCCCACGCCUACCCUGCCACCUACCACCCGGACCACUGGUGGCCUCUGAGGGACAAGGACUAUAUGACCCAUGCCUACUAUGAUUCCGCCAAGGUCUACUUCCUCAAUUAGGAUGGCCCGGGUGCUGCACCCGAGCGACCCUGGACAGCGGGCAGGGCGGCGAGAGGCCCAGAGCCCUCGUCAUAGGAGUGUCGAAAAAAGAGAGAUGGUUCGGGGACAUGGCUUGGGGCCAGCUCCUCCUGCCUAGAUGUCCAGUGUCCCCAAAGGUGGGUGUGUGGGUGUGUGCAGGAACAGACUGGUGUGCGACUAU